CUGGUCUCCUUAAAUACCCUGCACCACGGGGAACCGUUAUAUUGGAAACAAACGGGCAUGUGUUGACAUUAAUAUUAAUAUAUUUGAUCAACGUAUGACUUUCACUUUUAAGUGUUUGUUUAACUUGUAACAUGGAGCUGGACCGGCGGCUGUUGCUGGCCCACUGCGCGGCUCACGCCCUCUCCAUCGCGGCGGGCCUGCUGGUGGUCGUCCCCAUGGCUCUCAACGGCUCUGCGUUCAAAGGCCGCUGCGCGCUCUUCUCCAACGGCUACUGGAGGACAGAAGACCGGGAGGAGCUGACGGGACAGCCGGGCGAGGUCUCACACCUGGUGGUGCAAGAGUGGGGCCCGCCGGCGGCCUGCCAGUUCGCCACCUUCGUCGGUAUUUUCACGGUGCUGUACGGAGCAGCGCAGAGCUGGAGGAGCCUCUUCUAUCUGCACGGACGGCACGAUGAUACCCUGUUUUCCUCCUUCCUGACGGUGCUGCUGAGUGUUUGUGUGCUCUUUCUCUCUGGAGGGGCCAGUGUUAUCUUGUCUCUGGGUCUCAACUCCUGGUGUGACACCGUGACUGAUCACAACACACAGCCAUACAGCUGUGCAGAGUCCCAGUCUGUCCCGCUUUACCUGGAUGUGAACACCUCCUCUUUCUACACAGAGCUCAGUCUGGCACAGGCGUCCCUGUGGGCUGUGACGGCUCUGUGGCUGGCUCAGUCCAUCCUGGCCUUCCUGCGUCUCUACCACUCUCACAGCCAGCACAUCGUCGGGCCGUGUCGACCCCGAGAGAAAGAGCUGCUGCUGGGACACAGUCUGUCUGAAAGCGGCUCCCCCACCCCCCCACAUCCUCCCGCAACACCCACCAUCUUUGUCUAGCGGACAGAGUGUGAGGUGGUGAUUAACAACGUUAUAGUGAACUCUGCUGUUUGAAUUCAGUUUUAGAUGAUAAUGUCCACGCUGUAUACAGUCCUCCUCACUACUGCAUGGAGAAUAUGGCCAGAGCCGAAUGGUUCUCUUUUGAUAUAAUUCAUAAUUCAUCAGUUUAUAUAAUAAGAGCCUAACCGAUAAUUGGUAUGGGUGUAUAUGUCAGCUGAUAUGUGACAAGAAAUAUCAGAAUAGAAAUGCUUUAAGUCAUUCAUUUUCUCCAUUAUAUAGUUUGUCCUCCAGAGAGUACUGUAAAGUUUAUGUUUACCAUCCACAAAAUCAGGCAGGCUAAUAACAUGAGGUCGUCUGAGCUGGGCCAAAAUAACUUCAUUACAUUUGAGUAACAGAACUAAGCAUACAUCUUUCUAUAUGAUCAUAACCAAGUUCCCAAAUCCUUAAGUUUUAAUUUUUCUUAAAGAUAGAAAAGAUUUUAACCCGUUUCCUUGUCGAGAUUGCCAGAAAGUAACAACAGGUAAAGCACUUGUUGAUGAACCGCUCCAAAUACUUAAUACAACAAAAGAAGCUAAGUAAGGCUUUUAUUCUGGUACAAUGUGUGCAUUACAUGAAUGCAGCAUGACAUACCUCCUCGCUUGUUUUCUGCCACAUAAGACAAAUGUCAAUGCAGUAGACAGCGUAAAACGUAAACAUCUCGUUGUUUGGAUUAACUCUAAAAACAUAUUUAUUAUCACGCUGCAGACUGAAGUGUUGUUAAACAAGCUUCUAAUUUUUUUAAGCUGUAGUUUAUUUUAGCUCCGACUUAAUGGUGAAACAUCAGAACCACUAACUGGGACUAACCUCAACUCGGUGCCAGAACAAAAGGGAUGUUACACAAUAAAAAAGACAUGUAUUUAGUCAUCUAUAGUAACAACAGUGUUAUUUAGAAGCUGAUAAUCAUACUUGUCAUUUGAGGAUGACUUUGUGAAUGAAUGCAUUUCAGUUUAUUCACAUUCCUCAAUGACUUCACAAGGAACCACACAGUGUUUUUCUUUCGGUCCGUUUGGACUAUAUUUAUCAUGCAUGGUUGUUUACAUGUCUGCUGGAGGAUGACGUUCUGCACAGCUGUGUCCUCAUCAGGGAGAAUUCACUUUAUUGACUGUUCUGAGUGACAAAUCCAAAAGUAGCACUGAGGUACUUUUAUUGUGAAGCAUGUGGUGAGAGAGUGACUGAGCCACCAAGUACCAGGCUCACUGUGUGAGCGCGACCCGAAUGCACUGUUGUGUCACGGAGAAAUCACUGCUGACCGCCUCUCUCUUGUGAAGAUGUUUGUCAUGAUGCUGUUUGUCUGGAAGCAGUGGCUCUCGGGCGUUAAUGAAGCGGUCGAAUCGCCUCAAAUGAUACGUGUAGAGUUUUCAGAGGUCAAACACCUCUGUGGUAGUUUUCAUGCUGAGGGAGAUUUGUGCGGAGCCCUCGAGGGUGAAGUGAUGAGGAAAGAAGUUACUGACCUUGAGUUUUUUUAAACAAAUGAUUGAAUGUUAAACUUCCCUCUAUCAUCCUGGAGCUGAGCGGUUGUAAUGACACACAGACAGCGGAGCAAGACAUCUGAAGUAAAGAGAUGAGACAGUAAUGUCGUUUGAAACAUAAUUGUAAUAUAUGAAACGUUUUCUAUAGCAAAUGACAGGUAUCUUAUACCUGUUUGUGCUCAUUCAUGUUUCUUUUCAUUUCUCUUGUUUGUCGAAAAAUAAAAAGCUUUCCGUCAUAAUAUAA